CCCCCAACUAAUUUAUUUCUUACCUUAAUUAACCCUUUAAUUAUUUUUUAUAUCUCAUCUUAAAUGUCUUUAAAAAAUUUUGACAUAUUAUAGGUAGUGAUGUGAUUAAUUUUUAUUUACAUUUUCUAAAUGGAAAAUGGUGAUUUUAGGAAGAUAAAUCACGCCAAUAUUAUCUUAAUCUCGAAAACAAAAUAGUCAAAAUAGGUGACUCAAUUUAGGGCAAUUAAUUUAUGUAUUGUGCUAUAUAAAAUCAUUGCCAAAACCCUUGCCAACAAACUCAAACUUGUGUUACCCCACUGAAUUAGUGAAACCCAGAACCUUUUUAUUCCGGAAAGAUUAAUUAUUGAUAAAGUUUUGAUGACCUAUGAAUUACUUCACUUUAUGAAAAACAAGAGAUCUAGUAGAAUUGGCCAGCUCUAAAAUUAUUUAUGAGUAAAGCCUAUAAUAAGGUUGAGUGGAACUUUCUAAAACAAAUGAUGCAUAGACUAGGGUUCAAUCUAGGGUGGGUAUCCCAUAUUAUGAAGUGUGUCACAACUGUGUCCUCUUCAAUUGUUGUAAAUGGCCAGAUCACUAACACCUUUUCUCCAACAAGAUGACUCAGGUAAGGAGACCCAUUAUCUUUUGCUAAAGGACUAUCAACAAUCCUCACAAAAGCUCGAGGAGAUGGAUUGGUGCUCGGCGUCCGAGCUAGCCGCAUCGCAGUCCACCUUAAUGAAUUCGCCUAUAUAUCAAUCAGUAGUUCUCCCCAUGGUGGUGGACAUCAUUACCAUCACAUCAAUCUUCUUUGCCAACAUAUUUGGAAGAUUUUUUUCAUCUUCUAGUUUUCCUGCUUUCAUUUUGUUUACUUGUACUUAUCAGUUACCUGCAUGAGGGUGUGCAAUGCACAUAAAAAUUUCGAUAAACUAUACAGUAUAAGUAUACGAUGGAUUGUUGUCAUAAUUUCUAUGUUUUCUGCAAUAUUCUUACAGCUAGCAAUGGAAAGGUUUUGUCGUUUGCAGAACCAAGUCUAUAGAAGGAUUGAGUUCCCUUCGCAUUUUGAACCAACUAAAAUUUGAUAUAGCCCCCAUCUAAUUCCCCUAUAGCUCCUUGUCAGUUGUCACUCUGAAAACAAAGGCAAGUUUCAACUUGUAUUAAAGUGUGAAAAAAGAUAUUAACAUUACAAUUCAAGUGCUCAAGUAUUCUGGCUUGUUCAAGGCUUCAAACCCAGCCAGCCAGUAUCUCCUUAAACCUCUCCCAAAUCCACCCCCAAACCACUGUCCACUUUCCAGGAACCAAUCUCCUAUUUUCAGUUCCCCGCAAUGUCAAACGUUGUCGUACUAGACAACGGCGGGGGCCUGAUUAAAGCGGGACAAGGAGGCGAACGCGACCCCGCUGUUGUAAUCCCAAACUGCCUCUACCGCCCUCUUACCUCCAAAAAGUUCCUCCACCCCACCACCACCCUCUCCUCCACAAACGAAGACCUAACCUCGGCCGCCAUCCGCCGCCCUAUCGACCGCGGUUACCUAAUAAACCCCGAUCUCCAACGCGACAUCUGGUCCCACCUCUUCACCUCUCUCCUCCACGUCACCCCUUCCUCUUCCUGCCUCCUUUUAACUGAACCCCUCUUUUCCCUUCCUUCCAUCCAACGCUCGACCGACGAACUCGUCUUUGAAGACUUCGGCUUCAACUCCCUCUUCGUCGCCGAUUCGCCUUCCCUCGUCCACCUCUACGAGUCCAGCCGCCGUCCCUAUGGGCUGGUUUCGGAGGCGCAGUGUAGUUUGGUGGUGGAUUGUGGGUUCUCGUUCACGCAUGCGGCGCCGGUCUUUCAGAACUUUACGGUGAAUUAUGGGGUGAAGAGGAUUGAUUUGGGAGGGAAAGCUUUGACUAAUUAUUUGAAGGAAUUGGUUUCGUAUCGUUCCGUUAAUGUAAUGGAUGAGACUUUUUUAAUGGAUGAUGUUAAAGAGAAGCUGUGCUUUGUUUCUCUCGAUGUUGAAAGAGAUCUCCAGAUUGCCCGGAAACAUGGAAAAGACAACCUUUUUAGAUGUACUUACAUCUUGCCUGAUGGUGUUACUCACACGAAGGGUUAUGUUAAAGACCCGGAGGCGGCUCAGAGGCAUCUUACUUUGACAGAUGGAGCCCCUCCUGCAAGAGCUGUGGAAACAAAGAAAGAAAGAGAUAAGUUGGAAGUCAUGGAGAAGACUGAGAGGAAGAUAAUGGAUUUAACUAAAAAUGAGUUUGACUUAACAAAUGAACGGUUUCUUGUUCCGGAGAUGAUCUUCCAACCUGCAGAUUUGGGAAUGAACGAGGCUGGACUAGCAGAAUGCAUUGUUCGAGCUGUCAAUGCCUGCCAUCCAUAUCUUCAUCCUGUACUUUAUCAAAGCAUAAUAUUGACUGGUGGAAGCACACUGUUUCCUCGGUUUGCUGAAAGACUACAAAAGGAUCUUCGCCCACUUGUCCCAGAUGACUAUCAAGUCAAGAUAACAACUCAAGAAGAUCCGAUACUAGGUGUGUGGCGAGGGGGUUCACUUUUGGCAUCCAAUCCGGAAUUUGAAUCAAUGUGUGUCACCAAGGCUGAUUAUGAGGAGCUUGGAUCUGCUCGAUGUCGGAGGAGAUUCUUGCAUUGAGUACUCAAGAUCUUGAAGAUAUGUUAUCACUGCCAAAUAUCAAUGCAUCUGUAUCUGGCAUUUAGGUUUGUGGUAUUUGGUGAAAUUUUUGAAGGCAUUUAAAUUUUGAGUACCUCGUCAAAUCAAGUAAGUUUCUUUGUUUUAGAGUUUUUUUUAAUGCUAUUGUACAUUAGGGAAGAUGUUGCUGGAUAUCAACCGCUCUUAUGAGGCAUAAGCCUCUCUUCCAUGGUGAACAGCAUUCUUUUUUAACACAUACUAGGAAACCUGAGCAAAUUUCUCAUGCUUGCAUCAACUUGAUUCGAUAAAUGACUACAAUAUGGCCUCUUGAAUGUGUUUUCAUGUGGAAGAAGUAUCUUGGAGAUGAAUUUAGCCUCCAUUACUCUGAUACAGAAACUAGCAGACAAAUUUGGACUCAACCUUAUCAAAGAUGUAUUGGGGGACCUAAACAUGAGAUGGAAAUGACAUGUUUGAUAUGGUUGCACCCAAGAGAUGAAGAUUUCUGUCAUCACUUGCAGGAUGCUACUUAAUAUUCAUGUAACCAGAGUGACCAUUUUUAGCUUGGUGUUUAGAUGAUGUAGCUUUAUGAUUAACAAUGAGGUAGGUAACAUGUACAAGCCAACUCUCAAAACAUACCUCGUACAGUCUUGCUGUCUUGCGUUUGAAUGUUACAUGUUUAUUCACGAAGAUGUUACAUGUAUUAAAAAAAAAAUGCUAUGUGCGUUUCGUUAUGCUUAUUAUAGAUGUUAAGAGUUUAGAGAUUCAGAUUCCUCCUUGUCGGCUUGCUCCAUCCCUGAAAUUGCCCCUCUUUGCAGGUUCCUACCUUACCGAAGAGAAAAAUAUCCAGCAGGACACGAAACCGUUGAUUUUUUUGAGGCAUUUCCCCAAUAUGCUAUAAACAAAAUUUUCUAAAAUCCCUUUGAAAUUGAAAUCAAAAUUUGAUACAGAUAAAAAGUAUGGGAACAAUUUACAUCGCUUAAACUGUCAAAAAAGAAUGUGAAGUGCAAUCCUAGGGGGAGUGAAGAAGAAAGUUGGGCUUUAAGUAUAAAAAA